AUGCUGGGGGAACGGUACAAGUACCGCAAUGAGAUUCAGCAAAUGAUGUUUGUGUCCGGGGCUACUACUGAUCCACCCACAGCUACGUUGAGCUUAGUUGAGGACAUUGUUCGAGCCCAGGUUGUGGAAUUAGUGUCGCAGGGCAUGGCUCUGGCGCGCAAGCGGGGAGUAAGAGCCAUUAACGUUGAGGAUGUGAUGUUUCUUUUACGGCACGACGUCGCAAAAGUAAAGAGACUGGCAAAUUACCUUUCCUGGAAAGAUCUGCGCAAGAAUGCUCGAGAACAGGAUGGUAAUAGCGGCGGUGGAGUCGAUGGAACGGACCUCAUAGAAGACGAGACAGAAGUUGCCGCUGGUGACGCGGUCAAGAAGUUCAAUAAAACCAAAAAGGUUGGAAUGCCAUGGAAAUUGCAAAACAUGUUCUCUAUUCCUGCCCCCGAUGACGAUGAUGACGAUAGUGACGACGAGGAUAGCGAGGCUAAUCGGGCCAUCGCUGAGCGACUUCGAAACGCCGACUUGAGAACCCAAAAUAUGACAAAAGAAGAGUACGUUCACUGGAGCGAGUCUCGGCAAGCGAGUUUCACAUUCCGGAAAGGCAAACGGUUCCGGGAAUGGGCAGGCAUCUCCCACCUAACUGAAACGCGUCUCCAAGACGAUAUUGUGGACAUUCUAGGGUUUUUAACAUUCGAAAUUGUUGCUAAUUUGACAGAGUUCGCUCUCAAGAUCAAAGAUUCGUCAGACCACCCUAAUGACGAGCAAAAGCGGCCCUCGAAACAGGUGUACUUGUUUGACCGACCCAACAAGCAACAAACUCCACUGCUUCCUCGUCAUAUCCGUGAGGCCUGUGCCGCAAUAGAGGCUCCGCAGCCAAGACAAACAGCUAUGACCACUUACUAUCGCAGCGGCAUGAACUAUGCGGCAAAGAUCAUCUAA